AUGACUGCAGCCCGACCGAUACUAGUGGAGUUUGGAGGAGCGGGACCAAGGGACGUGCUAUGGUCAAAAGCAUCCCUUGUCAGUCAGCGCACAAAAGGGCACUACAGCAUACCUCCGAACAACCUAAGGCCGCAUGGGAAAAUCGACUAUAAUGGGUCCAAAGGAAUGGUCAGUAACUAUGGCGAUUGGACACAGAAGUCUGCACUCCUAAUAUACAACGCCACCAUCGCCAGUAAGUACAGGAGUCCGGGAGCCACCAUAGAUGAAGAUGAGCAACUGAUCAGGGCGCUGGAUGCACUAGCACAAUCCCAGCAGAAACUGGUCAUUGCUGGGGACUUCAAUAUUCCUGGCAUCCAGUGGACCACAGAGACCUGUUUCAAGGGUACACCAGCGGAAAUGUUUCUGGGAUGA